AUGGCACCAGCAAAUGAAAACACAACAAGCCAAACAAUGAAUCCUUACAAGGACCAUUUGUUCAUUGCUAGCAGAAGGAUCAAGAUAGCACUUGGUUCUAAGAACAAGUUUGCCUUCAUGGAGGGAAAGCAUCCAGAACCCACAGAAGGUGCAGAUGGAAUAAAGAAAUGGAUCAGAUGUGACUAUAUGGUAAGAUCUUGGUUGCUUGCGACCAUUAAACCAGAAAUAGCUUCAAGUUUGGUAACUAUGCAAUCCACUAAGAGUUUAUGGGAGGAAAUUCUUGAAAGGUAUGAUCAGACAAACGUACCACAGUUGUUUCGACUUAAGAAAGAACUGUGGGAUGCUGAACAAGGUAACUCAAGUGUGAGUGACUACUACUGUAAACUCAAGGGGUUGUGGGAUCAGAUAGCAGAUUUGGAGGGAGUACCAGAAUGUAGCUGUGGAGCAAUGGCUAAGUGUAGCUGUAACUUGGCAAAGAAAAUGCUUGACCUUCAAGCAACUGAGAAAUUUAUUAAGUUUCUUAUGGGGUUGAAUGAUGGGUAUGACCAGAUGAAAACAAGCUUCUAA